AAGCUUUUCAAAAGCUAUCUUUCUACACCAAUGAAUGGGUGAUAUGUUUAUCUACUUUUCUCUCAUAAACAAGAGAAAAUACAACUUGUCAUUGGUGUAGAAAGAUAGCUUUUGAAAAGCUUUAAAACAUCCCGAGUGAAUGAAGACUACAUAUUAUUGGCUCGAUCCGCUAUAGUUCAAGCGCGGACCUGGAAAAUUUGCCAGUUAUAUGGCGAUAAGAGAAAAGACUAGCUGAGAGUGAACAUUUUUUUGGAUAAGACUGGAACGACGUACAAAAUAUUUUCGUUAUUCAUUGUAUGUUCUUGUUGAGUGUAGAAUUUCAGAUACAUUCAACACAAAUAUGAAAAUGUGAACACUAUUCAGACUGCACAGUAUUUUAUGUAUUUUCAAACGAUUUCGAAUAGUUUGAGAAUACAGUUGUAUCCUCUCUUGUUUAUGAGAGAAAAGUAGUUAAACAUAUCACCCAUUCAUUAUCACGGCACACGAGACGCCUGAAAGCGAACUAUUUCACUUUAGGGAUUUGUUACCUAACGAUGGCUCAUAUACUAUUUUGUUCAGUUUUUCAUGGGCUAUUUUUCUAUAUGAAACGUUACUCUAACUUCAUUCUGGAUUUAGAGAAGAAUCGAUCACUAGCAUCCUGAUGCAUCAAUUCAGAAAAAUCAAUUUAGAAAAUUUUCUACAAGGUUCCAACGACUUAGACGAACUUCAUAAUGUGUAAAAUUAUUUUUUCUAUAAAACUACAUUAAAAUUAAAACAAAAAACAAUGGAUAGAAAUCGAUGCAAAACGGUCUCACUCCUUUUCACUCAAUGAGUUUUGUUUCUGGCAUUACUCGGUUGAUUUCUGACAAAAAAAACAUUUUGUUGAAAGAUUUCGUUGAUUGAAAAGAGACAUUGUACAGUUGCACAAUAAAUUAGCACAAAACAUUUAUUGUCAUGGUUAGCUGAAAAAUAGUCACUGUGUUUUCUACGAGGGUAAUAAUUGUUUGCUGCAUUGAUGAAUAUUGAAGAUUAUUUCUAUGUAUUUUAGUUGUAUUGAUGAUUUACAAACAUCUCAUUUAUUUCUUGACUUCAAUCAACCGUUAAAUUGUACCAACAAAAAAGUAUUACCACCAAAAUCUGUCCCAUUGUACAUCACUAUUUUUAUCGCUUGUUUAUUUAUAAUUUUACUCACUGCUAUUUUUGUGUACGCUUAUCGACAUCAAAAAUUUCCAUUUUCAAGAUUACAUUCUGGUUAUCGAAUGGGACCAUUGAAAUAUAAUCGUGUUUAUAUGAGUACAACCGAAGAAUUGACAAGUGCAGAUAACGUCAUGCUUGUAACUACAUAA